CCCUCUCAAUUUCUAUCAGUGUAUUGAAACGUCAAAGAAAAAAAGUUGAAAGAAGAAUUUUGGCCGAGUUUAGUGAGAAAAAUUCUUCAAAGUUUGUCGUGAAAUAGCGCAGCAAUUGAGAGAUAUGAAUCGUGGAAUUCACUCCGUAAUCUAACAUCCAACGGGUACAGUAUGUGGAAUCUACUGAUAGUACUGAUAAGUUUAACAUUGAGUGCGCCAAUGCACUUGGCCGCUCCACCCGGAAACGUGUCGAAUCCCCUGCUCGAAGGACGAUUCCUGCCCAUCCUCAAUCAAUGCAGCACCGCAGAUACGGAUAACGUGGUGAAGAACCUCUGUAGCCUGUAUGCUGCCAUCGUGAAGAAUGCCACAGCCACGGUGAACUUUACAAGAGACUUCGAAGCGUACUCGGCAAAUCCGGAAUCAAAUGUAAAGGGCUUCUGUGAGAAUCUCAUCCAGUUCCAGGGGGUCCAGCAGUACAUGCCAAAUGUGACGUUGUGCAUGAAGCAGUGUACAACAUACACGAGUGAUUGGACUGAGAUUGCGAAGCCACUGUGUCGAUUAAUUCAGUGGCGUCUUGAGGUGCAAGGAGUUGGUCGGAUUUCUCCUCAGGCAGGAGAAAUUCCUGCACCACAUUCCACACAGCCCGGUCAGGGAGGUACUCCAACGGCAAAGACAGCUGUGGUGGUGAAUACAACGACUCAGGGAUUGGGGGAGAAUCAAGAACUUAAGCAACCCCCACUGGAGGGGAAGAAUCCCGUGAAGGAUGCUGAAAUACCCCCAGAAAUCUCUGGUGGGGAGAAAAUAGUCAUAACUCCGGCACUUCCGCCGAAGCUACCAACUGAGAGUGGUACCACGAGUACUAAAACCCUCAAUGAGCCACCGAAAGAGGUGAAGGAAGCUAAAGAAGUUCUCCUUCCGGAAGAUAUUAAUGCUGAACCACCCAAAGUGGAUGCGGAGGUCCCAAAGGAAAAUCCGGAGGUGCCCAAGAAUGAUGCGGAGGUGAAGGCAAGCAACAGUCCAGGGAAGGAAGAAGAACCGAAACCCGUUGAGGAGGUAAAGGAAGAACAAAAGCCAGCUGAGGAAGCAAAGAAGGAGCCUCAGGAUUUAGAGGAAGACUCCAAUGAGGGUAUCAAAGAUAUGGAGGAUGAUGAUAAUCACGAUGAGUAUAUGAAUGUUGGGGAUCGCGAGGAGCAACCAUCCAUUGUGAAGGGAAACACGAAUAAUUUUGAUCUCAGUGAUCCAGAUCCCGUCUUUGGUGGGAGUGACGUCAAGGAGAAACCCAUGGAGGACAAGAUGGAGGUGGUUGAUGGACAACGGGAUCCCUUCCAAGAGGAGGAUGAAUCCAACUUCUUCACCUACUUCAUGUGCGUGAUGAUUGUGUGCAUCAUAGCGUACGUGGUGUACCACAACAAGACCAAGGUGUUGGCUCUUUUGCUCGAAGGUCGCCGCUCCAGUCAAGGUCGUGGACGACGAAAACAUACGGCUGCCUAUCGAAAGCUGGACUCAAACCUCGAAGAGGCAAUCACGUCAUCGGCUGCCAGUCGAACGACGCAGAUCAUCUACUGAAAGGGCAUCAUUUGCCAGCGCAUCAGGGUAAUAAUGCUGCACACCUGGUAAGAUCACAUUUUGACGUCAUCUUCUCAUGCAAAAAAAAAUCACUAUCGCGCCAUUUCUGUAACAUUAAAUAGAGGAGACUGUUAUAAGUAGCAAAAGCAAUUGCAAAGUGAUCUUCACGCAAAAAAAAAGAAUUCUUCGCCGCAAUCAUCUUUCUCACAAAAGCUGAAGUAUUUUUAGUAGAAUUUAUUUUAUUUCUUCAUUUGCGCGCGCCUCUUUAUUCCCUCCACCGGGAUGUGUGUUGUUUUAUUUUUCCUUUUCAGUCAUAUCACACACACACAGCUAUAGAAAGGAUUGAACGAUUGAACGUGUUUUUUUCCUUGUUCUCUAUAAUAAAUAAAUAAAUAAAUAAGAAUCUUGUAAAGAUUUCUAUUGUCAUGUAAAUAAAAAAACAAUUUAAAACGUACAAUCUUCACUCAACAAA